AUGAAUAUUUUUCGUUUAUUGGGAGAUUUAAGCCACCUUGUGGCUAUACUGCUUCUUUUACAUAAAAUAACCAGUUCUCGGUCAGUUUCAGGUUUAUCUUUACACUCUCAAGUUCUUUUCUUGAUCGUAUUUAUAAGUCGCUAUUUGGAUUUGUUUACUACAUUUAUAUCACUCUACAACUCGGUUAUGAAGGUCAUAUUUAUUGCGACUUCAGCACUUGUUUGUUAUGACAUUGCUGUAAAACACAGAAAUUCUUACAAAGAAGGAGUUGACAAUAUACCUUAUUUCUACACAAUUACACCCUGCAUCUUACUAGCUCUCAUUUUUAAGAGAAAGUUUACAAUUCUGGAGGUCUUAUGGACUUUCUCUGAAUUUCUGGAAGCCAUUGCUAUUUUCCCGCAGCUUGAUAUGAUCCAAACAACAGGAGAAGCAGAAAGCAUUACUUCCCACUACCUCUUUUUUCUGGGACUCUACCGAGCGCUGUACAUCCCUAACUGGAUCUAUCGGUACUACACUGAAAAGCACCACCUCGACUUGAUAUCCGUUAUACCUGGGAUCGUUCAGACCGCUCUCUACAUUGACUUUUUUUAUCUGUAUAUAACAAAAGUAUUGAGUGGACGUAAGUUAGUGCUUCCUGCUUAAGCUUCUUUUUGCCGCGUCUUUAUUCUGUCCCUCUUGAAAUUCUAU